AUGGGACUUAAGGAAUUCCCAAUUCAGGAGGCGUAUGAAAAGGGAAUUGUGUCGUCCCAAGAUGUGGAAAAGGUAAGAGACCUGGACAUAAUAUUAGCAUACCACAGUUGUAACAGAAGUAUCGAGGUGGCGAAGCAGCUUAUGGAUCUCAACUAUUCGCUAAGGACCAUCUUCACAGCUUAUUUUCAAGAAAGAUCUUUUGAAACUACAAUUAAAAGGACAUUUAGGAACACAUUAUUUGUUGCUCUGCCCGAGCGAACAAAAGAUGGUAGCGUGGUUAUGUAUUGCCACUGUGUAAACGGUGAUCCAAAUGAAUUUGAUGUUGCACAUAAUAUCAAAGCGUUUUUAAUGAGUAUCGACGUCUUGCAGUACGAGACUGGAACCUGGCCAGGUCUUGAAGUAGUAAUUAAUUUUGAUGGAUACACGAUAGGACAUAUGGCCAAAAUAGAUCUGCGUAAUGUCCAGCAGAUAUUAUACUAUUUACAGGAGGCAAUUCCUUUGAAGUUAAAGAAAAUGCAUUUAUUAAAUACUCCGUCGUAUUUUGACCGUUUAAUGACUAUAAUGAAGCCGUUUAUUAAAAAUGAAAUGAUAAAUUUAUUGGAGUUUUACACGGAUGGUUUUAAAAACAUUGGCAAGGUGCUACCUCUGGCAGCAUUUCCCAAAGAUGUUGGUGGAAAUUACAAAACCGUCGCAGAGCUGAGUGAAGAGGUUUUCAAGAAACUAGAAGCAGCACAGACGUUUUUUGCAGAGGAAAAUAAGAAACGUGUUGUGGAAUCACUGAGGCCUGGAAAAGUGAAGAGUUACGCAGAUAUUUUUGGAGGUGUUGAGGGUUCUUUUAGAAAGCUGGAAAUUGAUUAA